GGCCACUACCCGGCCUGCCCCGCGGCAAGAUGGCGGCCUGAACGGAGCUGGCAGCGGCAGAAAGCUUAGAUCAGCCUUUCCACAGCUGUAGCAGCAUCUGCCCCAAUUUCAGCUGAAGAUUCAGGUGCCCCAGGGACUGGAAGAAAUUACAGUGCCUACUUGGAAAGAAGAAGAGAUAGCGACUUGCCCCAGUCCAACCCCAGAGCGGGUACCUGCUGUCACCGACUCCUGAAUUCAUUCUCGCUGCGUGUCUACUUUUGCUCUUUUGCUCCGGAGUUGGGCUGCUCACAAACCAAGCUGUCUGUUUAUAUGGAGUGCCUGGAGGGCGUCUGCCAUGAGUCUGUCACUAACCGCAGUAACCAGGAGAGCUGGCUGGUUGGGGAGAAGACACUAACCCUGAGCUGUUGGCUAAAGGAAGUGAAGGGGCCGUGGGAUGCGGAGAGCCGAGGGCUAACUCCCGGACAGCGGAACAGAGAGAGCUGCCGACAAACAGACGUCCAGAGUCCUUCUGGCAACAUCUCUGAGCCUGCCUCCUUCUUGCUUCUCAGUAGGCGGAGGAGCCGUCACCUCCCAGAAUGACCAGUGCCGCCCCUGCUAAGAAACCCUACCGUAAGGCACCACCAGAGCAUCGGGAGCUGCGAUUGGAAAUUCCUGGAUCCCGGCUUGAGCAGGAGGAACCCCUGACUGACGCAGAAAGGAUGAAGCUCUUGCAGCAGGAGAAUGAAGAGCUUCGCCGGCGCCUGGCCUCCGCCACCAGACGCACUGAGGCCCUGGAACGUGAGCUGGAAAUUGGGCAGGACUGCCUGGAGCUGGAGCUGGGCCAGAGCCGCGAGGAACUGGACAAAUUUAAGGAUAAGUUCCGCAGGCUGCAGAACAGCUAUACGGCUUCCCAGCGGACCAACCAGGAGUUGGAGGACAAGCUGCACACACUGAUCAAGAAGGCUGAAAUGGAUAGGAAGACGCUGGACUGGGAGAUUGUGGAGCUGACCAACAAGCUGCUGGAUGCCAAGAACACCAUCAACAAGCUGGAAGAGCUCAACGAGCGGUACCGGCUGGACUGCAACCUGGCUGUACAGCUCCUCAAGUGUAACAAGUCCCACUUCCGAAACCACAAGUUUGCCGAUCUGCCCUGUGAGCUACAAGACAUGGUUCGGAAACAUCUGCACAGUGGUCAAGAAGCUGCCAGCCCAGGUCCUGCUCCCAGUCUAGCCCCAGGGGCUGUGGUGCCUACCUCGGUCAUUGCCCGAGUGUUAGAGAAGCCGGAGUCUCUACUGCUCAAUUCAGCCCAGUCAGGCAGCGCCGGGCGCCCCUUGGCUGAGGAUGUCUUUGUGCAUGUGGACAUGAGCGAGGGUGUCCCAGGUGAUCCAGCCAGUCCCCCGGCCCCUGGCAGCCCCACCCCACAACCCAAUGGGGAGUGCCACUCUCUGGGUACUGCCAGGGGCUCCCCGGAGGAAGAGUUGCCCCUGCCAGCCUUUGAGAAACUGAGCCCCUACCCAACCCCGUCUCCACCACACCCACUGUAUCCUGGCCGCAGGGUAAUAGAGUUCUCUGAGGAUAAGGUUCGGAUCCCCCGCAACAGCCCCCUGCCCAACUGCACUUAUGCUACCCGCCAGGCCAUUUCCCUGAGCCUGGUAGAGGAGGGGAGUGAGCGGGCCCGCCCCAGCCCAGUGCCCAGCACCCCUGCCUCGGCCCAGGCCUCACCCCACCACCAGCCCAGCCCAGCACCCCUAACACUCAGUGCCCCAGCUAGCUCUGCCAGCUCUGAAGAGGACCUGCUGGUCAGCUGGCAGCGGGCAUUUGUGGACCGUACUCCGCCACCUGCCGCUGUGGCCCAGCGCACAGCCUUUGGACACGACGCCCUCCCUGAGCUGCAGCGCCAUUUUGCCCAUAGCCCCGCUGACAGAGAUGAGGUGGUCCAGGCACCUUCUCCCCGACCCGAAGAGAGUGAGCUUUUGCUACCCACCGAACCUGACUCUGGCUUUCCCAGGGAGGAAGAAGAAGAGCUGAACCUGCCCAUCAGUCCUGAGGAAGAGCGCCAGAGCCUGCUGCCCAUUAACAGUGGCACAGAGGAGGGGCCAGGCACUUCCCACACUGAGGGCAGGGCCUGGCCACUCCCCAGCUCCAGUCGCCCCCAGCGCAGCCCCAAGAGGAUGGGGGUUCACCACCUGCACCGCAAGGACAGCCUGACCCAGGCCCAGGAGCAGGGCAACCUGCUCAACUAGGGCCCCUGCUGGCCUUCCUGCCAUUGCUGCACCGGGACUGCAAGGAGGCCCCACACCUUGGCAGCUCAGGGUCCCCAGUCCAAGCCCUUGACCUCUCCUCUAUCCAGACCCACACAGCUGUUCCCUGUGUGGGUGGGGUCAGGUGGGCCAUGCCAGGCCUGUCAGCUGCGUUGACUGACUGCAGCAGCUUGCCUCAUGGUUUUCCCCUUUUCUUAGAAUAUUCUUCAGAGGUAACAUGUAGUUGGGUCUCAAGACCUUUCCUCCAGUCAGCCCAACCCAGCCCAGACUGGGCUGUUCUGGGGAGCUGAGGAGUUUAUCAGUAUUCAUCUUCCAUCCUCCUUUCAUAGUCACAAGUUUUGUUAUUUUUUUUUGGGGGGGGGUGAUGGUGUAAUUGUUAACCUCAUUUCUGUUUCCUACCUGUUUGCUUUCCCCCCAGUCCUCCACGUGAGCUGUUGCCCUCCAGGGGCCCGGCACAGCUGGCCUUGGGGACGAGGGAGGGGACUGACUCAGGGCCCCCUCAGCUGUCUCUUCCCUCCCUCUGGAAAGGAGGGUGGGGCUCAGGGGCCUCAAGCUGGGCUCUGGGUGAGGCCUGGCCCCCACUCCCAACCUUGGCUCUAGACUGUUACUCUAAGCUUUGGGAAAUUUUCACACUGAUGACUAUUUUAAAAUCAAAUAAAACUAUUUUACUGGUA